AUGAAGAAGGGCAGGAAGUAUUAUGGCAGUGCCAUGGAUCAGCAUAUGGAGGUCACUUUAGUGGAGAAAGGACAGCAGCAAAAUUGCUUUAAUCUGGAUUUUACUGGCCAACAGUUUUUUAAGGAUGCCAUGGAAAUGGUGUCAAGGUGUGAUGAAUGUCAAAGGGCUGGUAAUCUAACCAAGAGGAAUGAGAUGCCACAUCAAUACAUACUAGAGCUGGAACUAUUUGAUGUAUGGGGAAUAGAUUUCAUGGGAUACUUCCCAACCUCCUACUCAAAUAGCUACAUAUUAGUGGCUGUUGAUUAUGUUUCAAGAUGGGUAGAGGCCAUAGCUACUGCAACAAAUGACAACAAGGUUGUGAUAAGCUUCUUGAGAAGGAAUAUCUUCAGUAGAUUUGGAGUUUCCAGAGCUUUCAUUAGUGAUGGGGGGUCACACUACUGCAACAAACAAUUGGAAGCACUCCUUCUCAGAUAUGGAGUUAAAUACAAAGUGGCAACUCUAUACCAUCCACAGACCAACGGACAAGCCGAGAUCUCUAACAGAGAGCUGAAACGAAUACUUGAAAAAACUGUUGGAAGUUCAGCAAAGGACUGGUCUAGGAAGCUAGACGAUGCUCUAUGGGCCUACAGGACGGCCUUCAAGACCCCCAUUGGGAUGUCACCAUACCAACUAGUAUUUGGCAAGGCUUGCCACUUACCAGUUGAAUUGGAGCACAGAGCCUUCUGGGCCCUAAAACUAUUGACUUUUAAGGAGCAAGCUGCUGGAGAAAAGAGAUUAAUGCAACUCAAUGAACUAGAAGAGUUUAGAAAUCAAGCAUAUGAGAAUGCAAAAAUCUACAAAGAAAAUACAAAAAGGUGCAUGACCAAAAGAUAG